GAAGAGAAUUUGGCGGAAGAUUACGACGAUGACGAUUUGGAAGAUGGGACAGAGUAUGUGCGCAUAGUGCCGCAGCCGCGUGGCUUGCUGAUGCCACGUCGUCGAACUCGUGCUCGUAUCCCUGUUCACAGUCGCAUCUCACCUCGUGCGUUUGGAUCGUUACGAUACUCGAAUAGAAAUACACGCUUCGUCAGAAAUAGCUCCAGUGGCAGCAGCAAUCUGUGGCGUCCACGGAGCAUGAUUGCAAGAAAUCGUGCACCUCGUUACCGGAACAAUCGUAGUUUCAGAUGGAUUGCCCCGCAGUUCAGCAAUAAGCGAGCAACGAUAACGAGGGAAGAAUUGGACAGGGAUCUUGAAGAGUACAUGAAGAAAGGAAAGCACCCACCAAUCGAUGUUUCUGAUCUCAAAUAG